CCUCAGCCGGACCCCGCUCGCCGCCCCGUCCCGCACUCCCCGCGCGGCGCUUCCUUCCGGGCGCAGCACCGCCCCGGCGGGCAGCCAUGGAGCGCGGCGCGGCGGGGCCGCUGCCGCUCAGCCGCCUGGCCGGGCCGCUGCUCCGUAGGCUCAGCGAGCUGCUGGACCGCGCGGCGCCCGGCAAGGGCUGGCGGGAGCUGGCGCAGCGAGCGGGGAGCCGCGGCACGGUGCGGCUGAGCCCUCUGGAUUUGGAGCAGUGUUCCCUCCAGGUGUUGGAGCCAGAAGGCAGUCCCAGCUGGAGUCUCCUGAAGCUGCUGGGAGAUCGGGGCUGCACUGUGGUGGAGCUGGCAGAGUCCUUGCAGGCCCUGGAGCACACAGAGGCUCUCCGGUGUCUCAGCCAUUCAGGUGUAAAGAUCGUUGUACAGCCAGACUCUCAAGCAGUGCUCUCUGGUCAGGUCGUCAAGUUGUGCUGCUGGGCAACAGGACACCCAUUUGUGCAAUACCAGUGGUUCAAGCAGGAAAGAGAGGUUCCCCACGGUAAUUCUCCAGAACUGAUUUUGAGUCCAGUGAGUGUAAAUGAUUCUGGCUUUUACAUCUGCCGAGUGAACAGUGAAUCCUCUUUCAUGUUCAGUCGGUGGGCACGCCUUGAAGUUUGUGAGCUUCAGGAUUCACCUCACGGGCUCUUAACAAGUGUGCCUGAAAACAAGUUGUGCAUUUGUAAUCAGCCUCAGCCACAAAACCUGGAGGUGGGGGAUGCUUUGGUACUAGAAUGCGGAGCUGUUGGAAACCCAAUUCCUCAUUACCAAUGGUUCAGAAAUGGAUUUCCUUUGGCAAAUGGGAGCAAAAAUGUCUACACAGUAACUUACGUGGAUGUGGGACAUCAAGGAACAUACUGGUGUCACGUAUUCAAUGACCGGGAGGACGAAGAUAGCAAGAAAGUAGAAGUCAUUAUAGGAAGGAAAGCUAUGGCAGUGGAAUGCACAGAAGAAGAUUUAAGUGAUCUUCAGGAAUCAGAACCACAAGAAGAAUCAAGUCCCAGACCUGUGGCCACAGACAAGGUGGCUCUGUUAAUAGGAAACAUGAGCUACUGGAAUCAUCCCCAGCUCAAGGCUCCAAUGGUAGAUGUCUAUGAAUUGACCAGUUUGCUAAGGCAGCUGGAUUUCAAAGUUGUAUCUUUGCUGGAUCUUACUGAGUCUGAGAUGCGAAAUGCAGUGGAUGAAUUUUUACUUCUCCUGGACGAAGGAGUUUAUGUUGUACUUUUCCAGCCAGUUGAUACAAAAGGUUUGUUAUACUAUGCUGGCCAUGGCUAUGAAAACUAUGGGAACAGUUUCAUGGUUCCUGUUGAUGCCCCGAAUCCCUACCGCUCAGCAAACUGCCUGUGCGUGCAGAACAUCCUGCGGCUGAUGCAGGAGAAGCAGACGGGACUCAACGUGUUCCUGCUGGAUAUGUGUCGCAAAAGAAAUGAAUAUGAUGACACUAUUCUUAUCUUGGAUGCUCUGAAGGUUACGGCCAACAUUGUUUUUGGAUAUGCAACGUGCCAAGGAGCAGAAGCUUAUGAAAUUCAGCAGCUGGGGUUGGCCAAUGGAAUCUUCAUGAAAUUCCUGAAGGACCGUUUGUUAGAAGACAAGAAGGUCACUGUUCUGCUUGAUGAGGUUGCAGAAGAUAUGGGCAAGUGUCCCCUUACCAAAGGCAAGCAAGCCCUGGAGAUCCGCAGCAGCUUGUCAGAGAAAAGGGCAUUAACUGAUCCUGUUCAACAAAGCACAUCUUCUGCAGAGUCCCUGGCACGGAACCUGCAGUGGGCCAAAGCUCAUGAGCUUCCAGAAAGUAUGUCCCUUGAAUUCCAGUGUGGUGUUCAGAUUCAGUUGGGGUUUGCAGCCGAGUUCUCCAAUGUCAUGAUAAUCUAUACACAGAUAGUUAAGAAGCCUCCUGAAAUCACAGCUUGCAGAGCCCACAUCACAGACUUCCCACUUGACUUGGAUGUAGAUCCUAAAGAGGUCAAUAAAGGAACUCCUGAGGAAACUGGAAGCUAUUUAGUAUCAAAGGACCUUCCCAAACACUGCCUCUACACCAGGCUGAGUUCACUGCAAAAACUAAGGGAACAUUUAAUCUUCACUGUUUGCUUGCACUAUGAGUAUUCAGGAAUAGAAGAUACAAUGGAUGAAAGAAAGGAGAUUAAUGUUGGGAAGCCCCUUAUUGCUAAAUUAGGGCUUCACCCUGGAUUCAAAACCAAGAACUGUCUCCAGACAUGUUGCAUGCCUGGUUAUCCUUUUCAUAAUCCAGUAGAAUCAAGUCCAGAGGCAGCUGAAUACUACAUCCCUAGUCAUUGCCAACCCAGUUCCUCUCCAGGUGUUUACCAUCCAAACUGUGCUUGCUCAAACAUCAUCACACAACCAGAGGCAUGUUCCUGCAAUGGAACUUCCAGGAUGCUGCCUUCAAGACACGAAGUACAGCAUUACUCACCCACUGUGGAAAAGCGUAAUGUACCAGUAGAGACCACUGAUGAUGCUGUUGAACUGGAAUUCUUCCUCUCUGACAGCCUUAGCUUCUCUGAACAGCAAUAGCUGGGAUGUGUUUGGACUAGACCAGAGUGGCAUCCUUGAACAGAGGGGCUUCCACACUGCCUCUCCAUCUUCUGGAGUUUGGAGACUUCUGGACAAGGCCCUGAAGAGUCUACAAUAGGUGCUGGGAAUGAGGUUGUGAUGCAAAUUUUUCUCAUCUUAAGAGACAAAACCGGACUAAUAGAUUUAGGAAUGAGAAAUGCAUUCUUUCUAUUUCUUUUCCACCUACUCUUUGGUUUCCUAUUCUGUUCUUUGGCCAUCAUGUGUUAGGAUUGGUCACUGAUGUUCCAGUGCCUUGGUUGUAGCCAAAAAGCAGCUCUGACUGCAUUCUCCUCUCUGAUUGCCAGAUGUCCAGUGUCUGGCAGCAUCUGAGAGGGAUAAGAUCUGUGCAUGGAACCCAAAACCUGAAGAGCCAGCAAAUUGACAUCACUUUUGUUUUUAAGAGAACCACAGAUUGUCAGAGGGAGCGAAGUCACAGAAUCAUUCUGUGGUGGAUUGUUUCUAUUUUGAUUUUUUUUUUCUUUUACAUAGCACUCUUAAGAUUUUUGCUGAUCUGAUACCUGAUUCUUCAUGUUCUGGAAGAACACUAACUGGAAGGAUGAGGGCAAGUGCCUGCUCAGCAAGCAAGAUAUUGUAUGGACAAUCUCACAGAUAUGCUGAGGGCUAAAACAAUAAUCACAAGAAAAGUGAUGUUUUAUUACAUCAUUGGAAGUCUUGAUGUUUCAGACAGGUGUAGUAGCCUCUCCUGUACUGGUAAUAUUGAGAGGAAGAAUUGCUUGAAUUAAGAUACUCAUCAUAAAAAGAAGAUAAGUGAAUGUUAUUGAGGCAGACAAGCCUGUUUCAAUCUCCAGUGGAGAGUGCUGAGUUCUGGUGGCCUGGCAAUGUCCUGGUGUGGCCAUAAAACUUUUGAGAUGGGAAUGUUAAUGCUUCUUUAACUAAAUCUGGUGAUCUUUAGGUUGCUCUGUGCUGAAAGGUGGGCAUAGGUACAUGGAUACAGCUAUUUCCAGGAUGACAGCCAUGCUUGAAGUAAUCCGUACAUGAGCUUGAAUUUCUAUUUUCCUUCUGCAGGGUGUUAAAUAGUAUCAUACCUAUUAAUGAAUGAGAUGUACCUGCAUUAACUAUUCUGUGCAGUUGAUUUCUAAAUCAAAUUAUAGCUUGAGACAUGGUCUAGGAGUGUACUACUUAGUUAAUACUUCGUCACUUUCCUAAUUUGUAUAAAAGCUUAUUCUUUUUUCAUACUGUGUAAUAAAUUGUUGUCCACAAAAUUAUGUACUAUGUGCAUAUGUAGUUGCUACAUUCUUCUAUGCCUUCCAGCCUUAAAAAGCUCAAAACUUUAUUGAAACAAAACAUGUAAGGAAAGAAUUUCCUUAACAGAAAAGAAGGAGAAAUCUGAAUUAUGACCUUCAGCUCAAGAUAUACAGAUCUGGGCCUGGGCUGAUAGCCUUGCUCCUCGAAGCUCAACCAUUGCCUCUUGAGAGGUACAAAGGCGUUUGAUCUUUAAUAGGUACCCUAGGACAUAUUUGUAUAUGCAUGUAUGUACUUCAGUGUGUGUGAAUUGAUUUAAAUCCUCUAUGGGAAGUGUAGUAUGGAUAUUGCCAUCUUAGAUCUAGAAUUAAAUUCCUGCUGCACCUAUAGGAAUGGAAUCAUUUCUCAAAUGUUAAAUAGUCAGCAGUUAGGUGGUGCCAAAUUCUUCAGGCAUAAACCCCUGCCCAGGUCUGAACCCUGUGACUCAGCAGCAGGGCCUCUCUUAGCCUUUGGCAUUCAUGGUGCCUGCGUAAAUCACUCUACAUUGAUUCUAGACAGUAUUCCUCUGUGUGCAUCAUCCAUGUAGCAGUUACCAGAGUGAACCCUGCCAUUCAACCUCAUCACCCUUUUGCACAUUUAUAUUAAACCUACUUUUGCUAAUACCUUUAACAGAGGUUCUCUAAGUGACCUAAAUCACUCAGACUUGUCCAAAUUGUAUGACAAAAGUCUGCCUGUGGCAGUAGAGUGUGUGGAGGAAAACUUUAUCUCUCUGAACCCUCUUUAAAAAGAGAAUGGUAAUGGAAAGGCAUUUUCUCACUGCAGCACUGUCUUUAGGAAGUGCUCUAACUAUUUUAAUCAUUAGUGUUCAGAAUGAAAUACUCUGGUUCUUCAGUGCAAGCAGCAAGCAGCACCCAUUUCCUUUGGCCCAGGUCCAGGAAAGCACUUUAAAAGUUCAACAGGCAUAAAUUAACAUUUCACUAUCAGUGACAUUGGUGGGAUUAAAAGACAUACCUAAACCUAGGCAGUUGUUGCUGCUCUCUUUGACUUGUUGUACGUUUUCUAAAUCAAACCUCAGGGUUUUGUUUUUUCCCUACAGUGCAGUUAUUUGGAGAUAAUUAUUUUUUGCUGAAGUAUCUGGUAGGCUAAAUUACUUUGUCCUCUGCUGUAGCAUUGCUGUAUGGUUUUGUAUAACUUAAGUGUUUGUUACCUGGGUUUGGAUGUUGAAUACGUUUAGAAGGAAGGUUUAAGGUAAUCUAAAUAAACUCAGGUUUCUCUGGCAAAAGAAGGGUUCAUGUGCUUCAGAAAGGCCAAGACUCUUCUUCCAUUGUCCCUCACCACUCUGCAGUAAGGUGGGAGUGCAUUUACCUUCUGUACCUCCAUGGAGCUGUGCAGGCUGACUCCUCUUGUCAUCCUGAGAGUCCUGAAACUGCCUCUGGCUCCAGAAGACCAUCUGCACCAUGGAACUCUUCAGUCAAUUUCAAGGCUGGUGUUGCUGUCUCUGUAGUUACUGCCUUGGUUCAUGCAUCAACUACUUUUCCUCAUUCUGUCAGCUAAUUAGUAACUUUGGCAGCUUUCACAUGCAGUAAGCUCCUGGGCUAUGUUCACCUUGACAUAGAUUCCUCACUGCUGUAAUGUGGAUAUGUGCACAGAAUUUUAGUUCAGGUACAGUAAGACCUGCUCACAUUUUAGAGUGCAGCAUUCUGAGCUCCAAGGUCUUUGCUGGGAAUUGGAGAUAGAUUUAAAUAUCAGGUGGAGGAGAACAGGUUGGGAAUUUGGUUUGUUUGGUUUAAAAAAUUGAUCAUUUAGUAAUUGUAGUAGUCUAGGAAUGGAGUGAGGACACCUCCGUGUUGUGGCAUUUAGGCAGUUAGUAAUUUCUAAGGUAAUGCUGCAGCAAUUUACUCAUACCAGGCUUAUUUUAAGAGCUAAUGAGAAGAACUGCUGUCUCCCCGUCCUUGCUGUUGGCACGCAGUGAGCAGGAGCCCCGGAUCCCUGCGGAUCCCUGCGGGGGUGUGUUACCACAGCGACCAGCCUCCACAUCUGCAGCGGAUGUGGGCGGAAGCAACCAGGCCUUCCCCAUCUGCCCUUCGGAUAGAAUCUGCUGGCACCCUGCUUUCAGCUUGCAAAGUCACUUGCAAUUAGGAUGAAAAGUCUUCAACCUGUUAUGCAAAUUACUUCACUACACAUAAGUCAAGCAGCUCUCAGAUGCUUCCUGGGCUCUUUGAUGACUUACGUGGUGGUUAUGAUUUAUUUAAUCUCUCUAAACACGUACCAGCUCUGCUUUCCAACACCUGUAAGAAGAGGGGUAUUGACUCUGCAUGGCUGGACAGAUUCACCAAAUACACUGAGUUGGAAGGGACCCACAGGGAUCACGGAGUCCAACGGCUUGCUGUGCACAAUGCCAUUCCCAAGAGUCACACCCUGUGCCUGAGAGCACUGUCCAAACGUUCCUGGAGCUCUGGCAGCAUUGGGGCUGUGAUCAUUCCCUGGGGAGCCUGGUCAGUGUCCUACCAAUCUCUGGGGGAAGAGCGUUUUUCUAAUAUCUAAAACCCUAAAACUAACAUAAACCUGCCCUGCCACAACUUCAGGCCAUUCCCAUGGGUCCUGUCAACAGUCACCACAAAGAAGACAUCAAUGCCUACAGAGGUAAGCACCUUUUCUGUGGGUUACCAUCAGGCAGCCUGUCAGAAAUUGCUCAGAUUAUUCCCCUCUGAAAGGGCUGUUUGCCAGAGCUGUAGGUGUUCAAAGCAGUCCCAGGAGUCUUCUCUGUUCACAUCCUGCCUUCUUUGUGCCUGCCAGCUCUUUUCCUCUUUCCUCUUCUGCUGAAUGCCCGCAGUAUGCAUGAGACCUGCCUUGCAGGACCGGGAUUGGUCCAGAAAUUUUUCAGGACUGCUUUGAGAUAUUCAUAACAUACCAAAUGCGGUUUGUUUUUUUUUUUUUUUUUUGGUCUGUAAGAAGCAUAACAAUCUCUUAAGAAGCUACAGAGUUGCUAUAAAAUACUAGUUUGCUGAUUCUCAAACCUUUGUAGGCUUUGUUUCAUCCCUGCCUUAGGGAUAUGCAGAAAAUUGCUGCAGAUUCUGGUUCAGUGUUGCAGCUGCAAGAAAAUACAAUUUUGUAACACCCAUUGGAUUACUAGCUCUUAUUUUAGUGGAAAUAGUGGGUUUAUUUGAAUCAGAAAAUAGCUGUGCUUCAUGACAACCUGUUUACCCAUGCUGGCAGGUGGAGAACUGCAGCUCUUUGCACCUUACUGCAUCCCAGCACAUAAAUCAGGUGGGACUCAUUACUGUGGAAAGGGCUAACAGCAGGCCUGUUAGCUAAAGAAGCAAGAAGAAGCUGAUAAAGAGCUCUCUCCAAGGCUAUAACCAAGGAGACCAAGAGAAGUGAGGAACAGAAGAAAGAUAAGAACUUCACAGCUGGAUGAAGUAUUUUUAAAAAGUUAGUUAAGUCACUGUAACUUUUCACCAAUAGUGUUAUAUUAAUUUAUUGUGACCAAUAGUUAGAGUAGAAGAAGCAUAAACAAUCAGAGAGUGUAUAAAAGAUCAGCCAUGUUCCAUAAUAAACAGUUGCCAACUGAAACUACUUGUAGUCUCUACUUUGUGUCGCGACCGCCUCGACAGCAACACAUUACCACUGCAGAACCUCCCUGCUAGUUCCUCUCUUGCUGUCUGCACUGGG